AAAGCUUUAUUUAUAAUGGCGUUUAUGGGUGAUAUGAUGUCUCCUGCACCACUCUGGCAUAAUGGGCCAGCUCCAGGCGCGUUUUACAACUUUCCCGGUAACGCUACGAAUAUUGGUAUAAAUCAUCACGCAGUUCAACAAUUUAAAGCCCACUCUGCAUCUCCUAUUACAACAACAACAACAGUGAUUGGCCUCAAAUUCGACCGAGGAUGUGUAAUUGCAGGAGAUACCCUUGGUUCUUACGGUACUCUGGCCAGGUUCCGUGAUUGCCCUCGUGUAAUGAAGGUUAAUGACAAUAUAUUGCUGGGUUCUGGUGGAGACUAUGCAGAUUUCCAGUAUUUGAAGGACAUUAUUGAACAGAAGAUCAUUGAUGAGCAAUGUAUUGGUGACGGUUUGAAGCUAAAGCCACGUUCCCUCCACUGUUGGCUUACCAGAGUGCUGUACAACAAGCGUAGCAAGAUGGACCCUUUGUGGAACAACUAUAUUGUUGCUGGUGUUCAGGAUGGAGAGCCAUUCCUUGGGGCAGUGGACAAGCUAGGCACAGCUUAUGAAGACGCCACUAUCGCAACGGGUCUUGGUGCGUACAUGGCCACCCCGUUGCUGAGAGAGGCCGCUGAAAAGGGAGAUCUCGAUGAGGAAACUGCAAAGUAUGUUGUACCAAAUUAUUCUAUUUUUAAGUUUCUGGCUUCUCUUGUAGAAUUUUGCCAAUGUCAUGUCAGUCAUGGGACUUUCGUUUUUUAGAUGUUUAAUUAAUGA